AUGAAACGUGAAGAGUCAGAUGCAGAAGGCAACGGUUCCAUGGUGGAGGAAUUCAUCCUGCUAGGAUUCUCUGACCUUCCCGAACUCCAAGGGCUCCUCUCUGUAGUACUUGUCACCAUGUACAUAACGAUUCUGGUAGGAAACAGCCUCCUAAUCAUAAUAACCAUGUUUGAUCCUGUCCUGCAGAAGCCCAUGUAUUUUUUCCUGGCAAACCUUUCUUCCCUGGAAAUCUGUUACGUGUCAGUCACUCUCCCUAAGAUUCUGGCCAAUAUUUGGACUCAGGAUAGGCGCAUUUCUCUUCUGGGCUGUGCCACCCAAAUGUACUUCUUUCUGAUCCUGGCAGGGAAUGAAAGUCUCCUCCUGGCUGUGAUGUCCUAUGACCGCUACGUGGCCAUCUGCCACCCUCUGCGCUACCCAAUGCUCAUGAACACAACCAAGUGCGUUUGGCUGGCCGCUGGAGCUCUGCUCAGUGGACUCCCGGUUCCCACCGGGCUAACAUGUACGAUAUUCUCUCUGAAUUUCUGUAAAUCAAACCACAUCAACCACUACUUCUGCGAUGUACGUCCAGUGCUGACACUAGCCUGUGGCGACACUUCCGUGCCUGAACUCUCCAUCUACGCAGCCUUUAUGGUGUUUGCAGAUGUCCCCUUUAUGCUGAUCCUUGCUUCUUACAGCAAAAUCCUUUCCAGCAUUUUGAGAUUCCCCACAGCCCAAGGACGGGGUAAGGCCUUCUCCACCUGCUCCUCACACCUGAUGGCUGUGCUCUUAUUUUAUGGAUCGGCUAGCAUCACCUACUUGAGACCCAAGUCCAGUCACUCUGCAGAACUUGACAAGUGGCUCUCUCUGUUUUACAUCGUGGUAACUCCCAUGCUCAACCCAAUGAUAUACAGCCUUAGGAACAGAGAAGUGAUUGAAGCACUGAGGAAAUUAUUACCCUAA